GGGAGUGUUCACUUGAAUCUCAGUGCGGAAGACGCGUUUAGUUUUGGCUGUGACCAUGGAGAGCUCCAAACUCUGGACGACAGCUAUGGUUUGCGCUGUGCUGCUCUCCUGCAUUCAGGCUGCAGAAAUGGAAUUUGACAACGAAUCUGACUUAGAAACGAGAGCUUUGAGAGAGUUUUACCCAAAGGACCCGAAUCUGACCAACGAAAAGCAGCUCCUCGGGGCUUUACAUGAUGUGCUGGAGAAACUGCAGAGCAAACGUAUCUCACUGUGGGAAAAGAAGUUUGGGCGCGUUCCUACAUGCGACGUCGGAGAGCAGUGCGCCAUCAGGAAAGGAUCGAGGAUCGGGAAAAUGUGCGACUGCCCACGUGGAGCGUUUUGCAAUUACUUUUUGCUGAAGUGUUUGUAAAAUAGAGAUGGAUUGGGAACUGGAAACAUGAUAUUACAGAUAUUUAUACAUUAUGUGAUUUCUAUUUUUUAUGAUUAUGAAGUGCUAUGAGACGAACAGAUGCAUUUGGAGAUUGUUUCGUUUAAUUCCUUGCUGCUCUUGAUGUGUAUAUCCUCAAUAAAUUGUGUGGACUUUUGUUUUU